AUGCCUCUAUUAGAGUCUGCAGCAGUUCAUCGUGUGAAACGCUUUUGGUAUCCGCCACCAUCAAUGCAUCCUGGAUAUGGUGACUUCUUCUAUGAUCCCGUCCCUCCUUUUAUGCCCUGGGGACAACCUAGAUGGUAUCUGAACCGACCUUGCUUGUUCCGAACACCUUGCUACCGCGCAGGAUACCCAUCAAGAGCUGGAUAUGUUUCAAAUCCUUCCGGAACCGAGCAUACUGAAAGUCAACCUUUUUCUUCCGGAAGCCAUUAUCAGCCCAGUUCCCCAGAUUCUGGUUCCAAAGAUAACGGAGCUUUACCGGAACUGAAUCCUGGUAAUAAACAGUAUACAAACAACCCCUCAGGUUUUGAAACGAACGGUCAACCUGGAAGCGUAUCUGCUGACAGAACUCAAAAUUCCUACUCUGCCGGUCAAAGCUAUCCAAGCAGUAGUGGUUGCAGUUAUGGACCAAGCGAAGAUCCGACAACAGUACCUCCCCAAGCUUCAGAAACAACUCCGGGUGGUUGCGGCAGCCAACCAAACGAUAAUGAAGCCAACAACAAACCAUUUGACAGCUCGCAAGAACCUCAUCCAGGAAAAGAAGAUCAAGUCGGAAGUGCUUAUGGAAUUUCGGACAGUUAUAGAACAGGAAGUAAUGACGAAGUAAAAUCAAAAGACAUUGAUGUCCCAGAUGAACCAGCAAGGUCUUUAGAAGCUGCGUAUGAAGCUAACAAUGCUACGCCAGACAACGACUCGCAGUGA